AUGUCUCAAGCAUGCAAAGAGCUCAUGCCCGAUUGUGCCACUGUGCAUAAUCGGGUUGUUGCUGUUGCUGUUUAUCGUGAAGCCAACCCUCUCCUUCCAAAUGCUAACUUUGACAACAGCCAAUCAUUCACGCUGUCCAUCUCCAUUGACAUCCACGAAAGAGAAGAGUCAGAAGAUGGAGCUGUCACCAAUGCAGUCAUCGCUGAUGAAGAGUCAGACAUUGCUGCUAUUACUCUAGCGCAGAAUUCCUUAGAUUUAUUGUUGACAGCCGACAACUUGGGUCCUAUUGCGGAUUCAAGUCAGAAGACAUCAAAGAGUGACAAUAGAGUGCACAAACAAAAGUCUAAGCAUGACGACAAGGAGAAGGCAAAGAAGAAGAAGAAGAAGACAGCUGCAGAACUUGCAGCAGAAGACUGCGAGCAACCAUGCUUUGAGAACUUCAUCAACACCACACCGGCCGUAAUUACUUUUGCUACUGGUGGAGCAGUAGCCCUCGCACCAGUAAAUGGUUAUCCUACAGCAGGAGCACCUACAAAACAAACAGCAAACAACCUCGUUGGAUGGGAGACAAUGGUUCACCUGCAGAAGAGGCUUGAGUACAUGAUUAAUAGCCAAGGCACUGCCUGCCUGAACUUCAAUAAUCAGCAGAUGCAUAUUGCUAACCUUCUCAGGCAGGGCAUGUUGCAUCUAAGCUGCAACAUGGCUUUCGUACAAGGUAUAUACCCUGCCAAUCCCUGCUUUGUCAUCCAGCGUGACUUCCUCAUUAGGAAAGCUGAAGAGCGCAGUUUGAACAAAGUCGCUGCGUGGUUGCGCAACUGCAUUUACUAUGCCCGGGACCUUGGAGACUUGUGCAAGCAGUGCAACACUCUUGCCCGUGGAGGUAUGAAGGGCAUUGCAAAUAUUGGAUGUGCUGUGGAAUAUGGCCUUGACACUAACAAAGCUGUUGACACGCAGCUGCAUGUAGGUAAGCUUGUCAAGGACCUCGUGUACAUUUACCCUGGAGAUAUCAUGACGGAGCAUAUUGAUGGCUCUAACCCGUUCAAGCAUCCGCUAAUCGCCUGA